UCUGAAGAGAAAGAGAGAGGCUGGAAAGAAAAUUUCAUUCUGGGGCAGGUCCCAACAACUCCUCUCCGGCAUGAAUUUCCUCAGACCAGCCAGCUGCUUCCCAGAAAUGACAACUUGGUAAAGUCACCUGUGUUUCCAGGCCCUGGGGUGCUACAGGCUUCAGCUCUUGGGCCAGGAGGUGGGGGGUGGGGGUUGGAGAUGGACCGCUUGUGAUCCAGCCUCCACUGCAGAGUUGCAUUUCCUGGCUGAAGUUUCUGUUCUCCGGGCAGUGCCUGCAUCCAUGCGCACGUGCGGUACCUGCCUCCCACGGUGAGGAAGUUGGAAACGGCACGGCCCGGCACACGGAGCACUGGUCCUCUGUCCACCAUGGCCAACAGGUCGUGCUGCCUCAUCCAGGGGUACCACAUGCCCGAGGUGAUGCCGUCGCUGCUAAUCCUCGCCUUUGUGCUCGGCAUCCUGGGCAACGGCGUCGCCCUCUGUGGUUUCUGCUUUCACAUGAAGACCUGGAAGCCAAGCACUAUUUACCUGUUCAACUUGGCCAUAGCCGACUUCCUUCUGAUGAUCUGCCUGCCCUUUCGGACAGACUACUACCUCAGACAGAGGAAAUGGGCAUUUGAGGAUAUUCCUUGUCGGAUGGCACUCUUCAUGCUGGCCAUGAACAGGGCCGGGAGCAUUGUCUUCCUCACAGUGGUGGCUGUGGACCGGUAUUUUAAAGUGGUCCACCCCCACCAUAUGGUGAACACCAUCUCCAACUGGACUGCGGUUGGCAUCGUCUGUGCCCUUUGGACCCUGGUCAUCUUGGGGACUCUGUAUCUUCUGAUGGAGAACCAUCUGUGUGUGCAAGAGAAAGUCAUAGCUUGUGAGAGCUUCAUCAUGGUGUCAGCCAACGGCUGGCAUGAUGUCAUGUUCCAGCUGGAGUUCUUUCUGCCCCUUGGCAUCAUCUUGUUCUGCUCCUUCAAGAUCAUUUGGAGCCUCAAGCAGAGGCAGCGUCUGGCCAGGCAGAGUCGGAUGAAGAAGCCUAUUCGUUUCAUCAUGAUGGUGGCGGUGGUGUUUAUUGCCUGCUACCUGCCCAGCGCAUUGGCCAGACUCUAUUUCCUCUGGACGGUGCCCUCCAGCGCCUGCAAUCCAUCUGUCCAUAUGGCCCUCCACGUCACCCUCAGCUUCACCUACAUAAACAGUAUGCUGGACCCCCUGGUAUAUUAUUUUUCAAGUCCCUCAUUCCCCAAAUUCUACACCAAGCUCAAAAUCUGCAAUUUGAGACCUAGGUAUCCGGGAUGCUUCAAGAGGCCAGAGGGGAUGCCCACUUCCAACCUAUGUUGCAAGAGUUGCGUCAGUGUGGCAAAUAGCUUCCAAAGCCAGUCUGAGGUGCAGUGAGAUCUCCAAAUGUGACAGAUGGCACCAGGACAGACAGACAGACAAAAUCAAGGAGGAUGGAUUGGUGACUUAGAAAUACUCCAUGCUGAGGGGUGGGGAGCCUUAAAAAUGCCGUUCUUUCUUAGCUGUACACUCCUCACUCUGUUGGAUACGAAAUUCGGAUCACUAUGCCUUUUUGGAAGGUUCCACUUGAGAAGUGAGUCAGUUGCAUUUAUAUAAUUUGAUUCUAAUGACAGAGGCAUGUGUGUGUGUGUGUGUGUGUGUGUGUGUGUGUGUGUGUGUGUGUGUGUGUGUGCUGGGAAGAGUUGGCCCCUGAGAAAUUUUAAACUGCUCAGGUGAUAUGUACUGAUGUUUAAAUCUGUCAUUCUGUCAUGUUCUCUCCCUGGGGGAGUCAGCGAAUUUAAUGACCCAUCCUCUGACCUUAAAUCCUCACUUUUCUUGGAAAAUAGAAACUGGGGAGCCCAAGAAGAAUGACAGCAAAAACAACAUGCUGCCAGCUUUUCGGAGCUCCACGUUUUUCUGCAAGUAUUUGCAUUUCAAAGAAGGUACCGAAGGAUAUGUUUUCCUGUCCUGAUUUUUCCAGUGGAAGCUGAGCACUUGAAAAAGCCCUAUUAGCCUUUGGAUAGUGCUGAGUCCAGCGAAAUUGCUUUGGCUGCUUGUAAUGUGACUAUGAGUUUAAAUUAUUCAAUCAUUAGUUUUCUGUGUGUUUACUGAAUUAAUAUUCUGUGCCAGGUACUUUGCUAGUGUCCCUUUGACCCGGAGGGUCCUUAGUCAACUUGUGUGUUUUGGGGGAGGGGGCAAACAGAGAAGUUAAUGACCUUCACCCUUAUGAUAACUAUAGCUUCUAGACCUGUUCUCUACAAACACCACCGUUUUCCUUUUAUUGUAGGAUUCUAUACAAACACCAAAGGGUGGGAAAGGCAGUAGGCCUUGCAUACAUGAAUUUCCAAAUAUGCCCAUGGGGUCCUCAGAAUGAGAUGAUUGUAUGAACUGACAUGCUGCUUCUGCCCUGGAUUAGGGGGAGAGAUGCCAAGCCGGAAUCAGCCGAAAUUUGUGUUCUCAAGUCAUAAAGCAGUGAAAGCAUUCUUGGCUCCUCUCUUCACACGCUUUCAAAUUCCCAGGGAAUUCUCUCCACUUAAAACCUUUGCAUGCAUGCUAAGUCGCUUCAGUCAUGUCCAACUCUUUAUGACCCUAUGGACU